AUGGCGCUUGAGGACUAUGAAGGUUAUGUGGACCAGGAUGAUGAUGUCGUUCAGUCGGAUGGGUCCAUUGAUCCCGCGUGGGAACAGCAGCAGAAAAAAACAUUUACUGCCUGGUGUAACGCGCAUCUACGGAAAGUUAAUGAGUCCAUCGAGUCCAUUGAAAAUGAUUUCAGAAAUGGCCUCAAAUUGAUGAGGCUUUUGGAAGUCAUUUCCGGUGAAACGCUUCCCAAGCCUGAUAAAGGAAAAAUGAAGUUUCAUAAAAUCACAAAUGUCAACAAAGCUCUCGAUUUCAUUGAAAGCAAAGGAGUCAAACUAGUAUCUAUUGGUGCUGAAGAGAUCGUCGCUGGGAACGUCAAAAUGACUCUGGGGAUGAUCUGGACAAUUAUUCUACGAUUUGCUAUUCAAGACAUUCAAAUCGAAGAUUCUUCUGAGAAAGAGGGUCUACUUCUUUGGUGCCAACGACAAACGGCCCCAUACAAAAAUGUCAAAGUUGAUAACUUUCACACUAGUUUCAAGGAUGGACUUGCUUUCUGCGCUAUUAUCCAUAGAAACCGUCCUGAAUUAGCAGAGUACGGAAAUUUAGAACGGAAAAACGCUUUAUACAACCUGAAAAAUGCUUUCGAGGUGGCGGAGCGGCAUUUAGAUACACCGCGCAUGCUUGAUCCCGAAGAUAUGGUUAAUAGCGCCAAGCCAGAUGAGCGUACCGUAAUGGCUUAUGUGUCUAUAUACUACCACAAAUUUUCUGGAGCAAAUAAGGCCACGAUGGCUGCGAAUCGCAUAUCGAACAUUUUGAAGGUGAACCGUGAAAAUGAUCAUCUAAUUGCCGAAUACGAAACACUGUCAAGCAAUUUAGUACGCUGGAUCUUGCUCAAACUGAAAUACUUUUCAUCGCGGGAGCCUCUGCAUACGGUUUCUGAAGUGGAACGUCUUCAGGCUGAAUCUAGAGUGUAUCGUCACCAGGAGAAACCCUCCAAAUUACAAGAGAAGGCCCGCUUAGAAACGACGUACAACACACUCCAAACGCGUUUGCGCCUCAGCCAAAGGUCACCAUAUGUUCCAGCUGUUGAGAACUACCUUUCCUCGAUUUCUGGACAAUGGGAUCAACUGGAGAAAGCGAACAAGACAUACGAGGAAUGGCUGUUGGAGGAACUCCAGCGCCUGCGUCGACUUGAAUACCUAAUAGAGAAAUUCGGAAUCCGCUGUUCCACACACGAGGCAUGGGCCAAGGGAAAGCCACAAAGUUUGGCUUCCACAGACUAUCUCAGCUGUCAUCUGCCUGAUUUGCGUGCUUUGAUGAAGCGACACGAGGCAUUCCAAUCGGAGCUGUUGGCCAACGAUGACCGUGUGGAACGUAUCCAUGCUCUUGUCGAGGAGCUGGGGAACCUGCGGUAUCACAACAUGAAAUCUGUCAACGAGCAGUAUUCCUACAUUUUCCGUGCGACAGAGGAGAUCAAGCACCUAUCAGAUGUCCGCAAAAAGGAACUGGCCAGGUUAUUGUCUGUACUGGAACAGAUAGAUCAGCUUCAUCUGGACUUCGCCAAACAAGCCGCGCCUUUCAAAAAUUGGAUGGAACAAACAGAGGAAAACUGA